AUUUACCAUCCCUACUGCCUGUACACACGCGAAAUUUAUGAAAAUUUGUUUUUUCUUUUGGGAAUAAACGAUAAUUAAACCUGAAAACUUCAACUUAAACUCCACGAUUCAAGUGCAAUGGAGACGCUCCUGGAGCAGCAGCGCCGAUACCAUGAAGAGCGCGAGCGCCUCGUUAAGUUGAUGGUGGAUGAGCACGCGACCAAAAAGCCGGGAGAAAAGGAACGCAUUCAUUCGGAGCACAGGCUGAAAUAUCUUAUGGAGCUGCAUCAUAAUGCCACAACACAACUGCGAGACCUUUACGAGGACAAGGACAACGAGAGGAAGCAGGAGAUUGCGGCCCUGUCGGGGCCCAACGAAUUCAACGAGUUUUAUGCCCGCCUAAAGCAGAUCAAGCUGUUCUACAAAUCCCAUCCGGCUGAAGUGAGUGUGCCGCUGUCCGUGGAGUUUGACGACAUGAUCAAGGUAUACAACAAUCCCGAUGACAUGAGUGCGCUCGUGGAGUUUACCGACGAGGAAGGCGGCGGCCGGUAUUUGGAUCUGAACGAGUGCUACGAGCUCUACCUGAACUUGAGGGCUGUCGAAAAGCUAGACUACAUUGCGUAUUUAAUGUCCUUCGAUCAUGUGUUUGAUAUUCCGCGAGAGCGCAAGAACCGCGAGUACAGAAAGUACAUUGAGACACUGAACGAAUACCUGCACAACUUCAUUCUACGCAUUCAGCCGCUGCUGGAUCUGGAGGGGGAACUGGUCAAGGUGGAGCUCGAUUUCCAGCGUCAGUGGCUGCAGGGUACCUUUCCCGGCUGGUCGCUAAAGGAGACCGAGUCGGCGCUGGCCAAUACGGGCGCUCACCUAGAUCUCUCGGCGUUCUCGAGCUGGGAGGAGUUGGCCUCCCUGGGUCUGGAUCGUCUGAAGUCUGCGCUGGUUGCCCUGGGACUAAAGUGUGGCGGCACUCUGGAGGAGCGUGCCCAGCGCUUGUUUUCCACAAAGGGCAAAAGCACCCUCGACCCCGCUCUGAUGGCCAAGAAGCCCAGCGCAAAAAGUGCCAAUGCACAGUCGAAGGAGCAUGAACGCAGCAAAGAUAUCGCCCAACUGGAGGCGCUGCUCUAUAAAUACGCCGAGCUGCUGUCCGAGCAGCGGGCGGCCACCAAGGAGAACGUACAGCGGAAACAGGCGCGCACAGGCGGCGAGCGCGACGAUAGCGAUGUGGAGGCCAGCGAGUCAGAUAACGACGAUGAUCCCGAUGCCGAUGACGUGCCGUAUAAUCCCAAAAACUUGCCCCUGGGCUGGGACGGCAAGCCCAUACCCUACUGGCUGUACAAGCUGCAUGGCCUGAACAUUAGCUACAACUGCGAGAUCUGCGGCAACUUUACCUACAAGGGGCCCAAGGCAUUUCAGCGGCACUUUGCCGAAUGGCGACACGCGCACGGCAUGCGGUGUCUCGGUAUACCCAAUACGGCGCAUUUUGCGAAUGUGACCCAGAUCGAGGACGCCAUCACGUUGUGGGAGAAGCUGAAGUCGCAAAAGCAGAGCGAGCGCUGGAUAGCCGACCAGGAGGAGGAGUACGAGGACUCCCUGGGCAAUGUGGUCAAUCGCAAGACAUUUGAGGACUUGAAGCGUCAAGGACUGCUCUAGAAUAUAUGUAUGUAGGAUAUACACACUGAUUCAAUGUAACAUUUUGAUUUAAUACAAACAAUUAUCAACCGGAAAUAUCAAUCAUCUCAAGCAA